GCUGUAUUGGACAAUAACACCAGAACAAACUCCCAAACACCGACCGAAAAACGCCACGACCACUGAUUAAAAGAAGCAACUGAAGGCUGUAUAAAAAAAUUGUUAUCACAUUUAUAACAUUAUUUCAUAUCUUACCGGUAGAUAUAUGUGGAAUUUGAAUUAGACUAGCGCGAUAUCUAAGUUAUUAGUUAAUAAUGCAUCCUUAACAUCAGAUAGCCGAUGACUGAAGUGAGGUAGAGGCGGUGAGACGUUCAGGACGUAACGGAAAGAUGAAACUUAGUAAAUAGCUGCAACGUUAUCGAAAAACCACUCUGUCCUUACCUGACUCUGGAUACAGCGUGGUGAUUUGGGUCAAUCCCGUCGUCUAUCAUGCUGCCAAACAGCAUCCGCCUGUAACACAGAGCGCCGCCUGGUGAUGGCGCCACCCCGGAGAAGGAGCUCCGUGAACGCCGCCGAGCUCCUGAGCCGCAGGAGCAGAGGUGUCAGGGAUGCUGGGACUCUGUACAGACACUGUUUGAGGGUCCUUAAAGGCAUCAUGCUCCAGGAAAAGAGGGAUUUCAUUAAAGUAUGGAGCAAGACCUCAAAGUCCACAAUAAUGUAUGAGAAUGGUAAAGUCUACUUUGAAAACUACCAGAGCUGCUACAGCUGUGUUCAAGCUGAACCUCAAAGAUUGUACAAAUUACCUAAGAGGCCCAAACAGGAGAAAAUUGAAGAUGCCUUGCUGUGUCAGAGCCCACUUGACAAAACCUUAUCCACUCCCUCUGAUCAUAAAUCCAGCCUCUUAGCUUUGACAGCCAACAACUGGCUGUAUCGCAUCUCAGCUGAAACGGGAAAAGAGCUGCAGAAAGUUUACUUAUCUCCAAACCACAAGUUCAGAUAUCUUGGCUGGGAUGUUUCUCAAGAAACAUUUUAUGUAAAAUCUGUUCAAAACAAAGAAACACCUUUAGCAAGACAGGCUGGAAUCUCCCACAAUACAGUGAUGCACUUGGCCAUUUUACAUGUUUUCCCCCUGCAAAUCGUGGGGAUUGUGGAGAUCAACAAAAAGGUGUUUGGAAAUGGCAUUACGGAUGUCGUGCUGUCUCAAGGAGUCCUCGCAGUGUCUUACAGCAACAAAUCAGUGAAGCUCUACAGCUUUGAGCACAUUGUAAAAAAUUACUUAACAGAGACGUUAACUCUUGGAAAACAGAGUCCACUCAGUGGAAACACACCAGUGGGAGAUGUUCCGUUUGGUAUCCCGAUAAAUAUCCAGAUCACAGAUUGCCCCCCUGUACUUUUUGAAGUGUCGUGCUCUAACAACGGGGUCCAAAUUGGAGGCUAUCCGUGGCAUUACAUUUACACACCGCCGCAUAAACGCCACAGGGGGACUCACCACAUCCGUUCUCUCCAGGACAGCACUAUGGCUGUAAAUGGAAUCCAAAACAUGAACUGCUGCUCUCUGGAGAGUGAUGGGAUCUUCUUCCAUCCAGACGACUCGGGGAGAAUCAUCCAUGUUGGACCGAACAGCAUAAAAGUCCUAAAAAUCCUUGGUGAACUGAACGAUCCGUUACCAUCAAAGGUAGUUGAGGAUUUCUCCAUGAUGACCCAUCGAAACCCAUCCCCACAAAUCACUGUUACUUCAUCCGGACGCACAGUGAAGAGAAGAGUUUAUCAGCUGGAUGAUGAUCCAUGUAAAGAGACUUUCCGAAUGGUGGAAUACGAGGAUGAGCUUGACCUUCUGGCUGUGGUGGUAACUAACGGCGAGGAAGAAGAAGGAAGAGCUCAGAUUCAACUCCAUGACAACCAAACGGGGCAGAUACAGCGGAAGAUUGAUCUGGUUGAGCCUUGGGAUGAGACUUAUCGACACGAGUUGUUCUUUGACAAAGACACAAUUGUUCACAUUGAACAAAAGAACAGCAACUUCUGCUGCCAUGUUUACAAACUCAGGACCACCUGAAGAUGAUACUGUAGGUGUGAAACUGAAGCAAGGCUGGAAGAAGGGUUCUUAGACCACCUUUAAAAUUUUGAGAAGGAUUUGUUUUUAUGCCCAGUAUUGGACUGCCAACCUGUCCAGGACAUAACUCACCUCUGACCUGAGGAUACCUGGUCACACUUGAGGCAAAUCUCAAAUCUGAACAACAUGACGUGGGUAUAAAAGUAUUUUUGACUGAUCAGUGCAUCAUUUGAUCUUUUAUCUUUUUUUUUAAUGAUUCAGUUUAAGUUGCUAUACUUCACACCUGUAACACUGUCUCUAAAAUAAAGUUGUGACAUUUUUUAAGGAUCCUCCACAUUAUUUUCUCUCGUCAUCAUGUGCCUUCAUGUUACAGAUUUGAUGUAUGAUGAUAAAU